UCGAUCCCCAGCGGUUGAUCUUCGUCCUUGCCGGCGGGUCCUUGCUUGGUGGUGAGAGACUUCAACUGCACUCCCCCAUCCCAAGCGCCCUGCACUUCGUCCUCUUCGUCUCGUUUCUCAGUCUCUUCUGACCACUUGCACACCGACCCGCUCACACAGCGAGACACCCUCUCUUGUCCCUUCGUUUUACCGCCCACCCUCGUCACUCUCUUUUUCACAGGUACUUCCACACCUCGCGCCCGUGGCGUGUGAUUCACUCUCUUCCAUACAGCGCUAGACCUGCGCACGCGCCUCGAUCAGCAGACAAACGAACAAACCGCAUACUACUACCAUCCCUUCCUUCAGUGAGACACUGCACACGCUCUAGACAGCUGGUGUUUGCACGAACCUGUCGCUGGCAGACAGUCACCACACGACCGUUGUGGUUCCAUUCUUGCCCAUCGAACUCCGUCGACUUGCUUCUUUCCGAAACGUCCAGCUCUACAGCAUUCACCAUGUCGCUCCUACGAUCCUUUACGACCAGGCUCAACAAGACGGAGACCACCGUGAAUGAUGCUCCUCUCGGCCGCGCUGCCAGCCAGCGCAACGGCAAGCCCAUCUAUCGUUCGCAGAUCUCCUCGCCUCUCUCACUGGUCUCGACAACGAACAUGCUGUCGUACAAUGCACCCAACAUCGACGGCACUUCGCCAAUCAGUCACCGCGAGGUCUCCUCAUCAAACACAACGUCCUCGGCCGCCUCUAGCGAUGGCGAGCACAGCGACGCCAGCACGAUGGAUAUUCACACCGACACGGACGCCUCAUCGAUCGACGAGUGCAACAGCCCUGGACCAGAGCCGAAUCAUCUGAGCUGCUACUUCAAGCCGGCCGUCGACACACGUUCGUCCAACGCUUCCAGUAAAACAUCUUUCGACGCGCCGACCAUUCCGCAACGAGUUCCAUCGCACUCCAAAAAGGCACACGAGAGCAUUCACCGCAAACGAUCCGUCCAGCGCAUGAUGUCUCCACCUGCGAGCAUCGUCCGGAUGUCGAGCGAAAUGUUCUCUCCAGUGAGUACGAUCGAGGAAACAAACGAGCACAACCCGUUCAGCAACGAACUUGCUCAGUUGGAUGAAGCGGUCGAGGACCUGAGCACAGCUGCGCAGGAUGUUGAGACACAAGAGGAUAUCGCAUGUAUGACCUCGCUGGAUCUUGCGCAGUUCUGCGCGUCCGAAUACCUCGCUGAGAUCCACGGACUCACUUCUUCACCGGCGAUGGCCAGCGAGCAGCUCAUCUGGAUCUGAACUCGUCACCACAUUUGAGCAAUCGAACUGAUUCGAUCCGGACAUCGAAGCGGUUGCAGAUACGAUGCACAACUCCGCGAACCGACGCGAAGAAUGCACCACCGAGCUCAAACAUCCGACAUCAAGGGAAUCGCAGACUCCCUGACUCGCGAUUGUCAACUUUUACUUCACCCACCUUCUCUCUUGCCGACCAAGAGUUGGCUCUUGCUUCCGUCACUGGCAGGACCUUCUUUACCAUUUUUUGAUGCUACUACGAUCCUUAUGACGACCACUGGGCCCUGCCGUCCAUUCUUUUUGUUUUUAUUUGAUCAAGAGGGUUUUACGAACGAAGGAACGACCUGGGGACAUCGACGAUUUUGGAGGAAAAGUGAAACAGGUGUCACUCGCAUGGCGUUCAUUGAUGCCUACUUACCAUGGCAUGCUUUUGGUUUUCCGCCGAGGCUGGAGCAAUGGAAGGGGCGCACUUUCGUAGACUUGUCUUGUAGAGAAUUGUACAUGUCACGUUCGCUUAA